AUGUUAGAAGAGACAGACCUCAAAUGUAAAGCAGAUACAAUUCCGACCAUACCACCAAAUCUACUACAGAUUAUAGAUAACUUGACAAGAGAUUUAGACAACGCCUAUGACCACAUUGAUAAUGAUAACAAUCGCAACUCAUCUAUUAACAGUAUCAACGAAGACAAACAUGACUGUACUAAUCAAAACCACAGAAAGAACGACGAUAUAAACGACACUAGCAACAAUAAUACUAGCUACAACAGAACCGAUGAUUUUAACGACGCGCAAAUGGUAACGCGAUCUCAAAUACAUGGUAUCGUAAAUAGUCGUGAUCAAUUAUUUAUGCAUAAGGAAAACUAUUUGUAUUUCAUGAGUACUGACGAAUGGGAUAAAUUAGUACGAUGCGCUGCAUUUUCAUAUAACACAAGUACACACGAAGCCACUGGAUACACUCCAUAUGAGUUAGUAUUCGGUAAACUAGCUAGACUUCCUUCUAACGAAAUCACUAACGAUAUAGAAUCAAAAACAUCGGACGCUUAUUUAACACAGCUUAUGACAGAUAUACAUAAUUUACAGGAACUAGCACGAGAAAAUGUAAUAGCCUCCAAAUUAAAGUAA